AUUCUUCAAAAACCAUUUAUUACGGUUGAUGGCAGAAUUUUCAAUAAACUUGCCUUCAGUCACCGAAGUGCAUUCACAAUUGAAGAUGGAAAAGGUCUAACGCCUAAAGUAGUAUUAUGGAAUCCAACCACCGAGGAAUUCAAGGUCAUUCCUUCCAGCCCUACUGCAUCCCCAGUAAUUUAUGAGGUUGAAUAUUUUUAUUAUUAUGGAUUUAGUUAUGACCUUGUUAGAGAUGACUACAAGGUGAUUCGAUACGUACAUUAUUUUCUGGAUGUAUCUGACAUUGAAGAUGAUAUAGAAGGUAAGCCUGAUAAGUUGUCACGCAACCACACUUGGGAGAUAUACAGUCUAAGAAGUAACUCUCGGAAGAAACUUGAUUUGGAUUUGUCUCAAUGUCAUUUGGAUGUGUCACGUGUCUUUAUAUACAUAAAUGGAGUGUGUCAUUGGGGAAAAAAUAAUGGAGAUGAAUCAUAUAUGGUGUCAUUUGACUUAAGCAAUGAAGUGUUAUGUAUAACACCUUUUCCCACAUAUAUGAAUGAUAGUUUUGAUGAUUUUGUACGUGUGAACAAACACUUGAUGUUAUUAAAUGAGUCCAUUGCUUUGAUCUUAAAUUAUCUAGAGAUGACUACUUUUCAUUUAUCAAUUUUGGGUGAACUAGGUGUAAAAGAAUCAUGGACUAAACUUUUUAUUAUUGGGCCUAUACCUUCCAUUGAGCAUCGUGUUGGAGAGGGAAAGAAUGGUGAUUUAUUCUUCAGAAGAAAAGAUGAUGCAAUAGUCUGGAUUAAUUACACUACUCAAAUGAUUGAGGAACUUGGUCAUAAAGGAGAAGCAUAUUCAUGUCAGACUGUCAUUUACAAAGAAAGUCUUCUUCCCAUUGGACAAAUAUAUGAUUGA